AUGAGACAGGGGAGGAGAGGAGAGGGGGAGAGGAGAGGAGGGGAGACAGGAGGAGAGGAGACAGGGAAGGAGAGGAGAGGAGACAGGAGAGGAGAGGAGAAGAGACGGGAGGAGAUGAGACAGGGGAGGAGAGGAGAGGAGACAGGGGAGGAGAGGAGACAGGGAAGGAGAGGAGAGGAGAAGACAGGGGAGGAGAUAGGAGAAGGAGAGAAAGAAGGGGGAAAGAGAGGAGAAAAGAUAGGGAGAGGACAGGAGAAGAGGGGAGAAGAACGGAGAGGAGACAGGGAAGGAGAGGAGAGGAGACAGGGAAGGAGAGGAGAGGAGAAGAGGGGAGAAGAAAGGAGAGGAGACAGGGGAGGAGAUAGGAGGAGGAGAGAAAGAAGGGGGAAAGAGAGGAGAGGAGGAGAAGAGGGGGAAAGAGAGGAGAGAAGAUGGAAGGAAAAGAGGGAAAAGAGAGGAGAGGAAGAGAAGAGGGGAAAAGAAAGGAGAGAAUAUAGGAAAAGGGGAGAGGAGAGGAAGGAGAAGAGGGUAAAAGAGGAGAGAAGAUAG